GAUCCCAUCAUGCAUCGCGCAUAUUUGGGUCAUAGUCGAGGUCCACCCACGUUACGUGUGGCAUUGAGUUUUCCCAAAAACCCAUCAACGCAAAUGAGAGCCUCGGAGCGCAGAACUAUAUUCAAAGGGCCAAGAAACUGCCCUGCAAGCAGUUGCCCACCUGCGCAGGUAAUGUUCCAGGGUGCGGCAUGAUGUUUCGCGUGUAAGGGGAUGACGAGCAACCGCGCACCACGACGACCCACUUCACCCCACGGCGGGCUUCUUUCCGUGGGUGACGUCUCUGCUGGCUGAUAAUCGCAUCACGACCUUUCAAGAUCGAAAUCAAUAUACAAGCGUAACAUCUCCUUUCACGUAAGGGCCAGAAGCCGCAAACCGGGGUUUCCAGGGGUCAUUCUUCCAGCCUCAACAGAUCGAACAUAGCAAGAUGGCGCAUCCGAACAGAUCCUUCUCGCUCGCAACAAAGGUCAAGCUCAACAGCGGGUACAUGAUACCGCAGCUGCAGCUCGGCUUGUACAUGAUGUCCGGGCGCGAAGUCCUCUCAGCGGUCCCGCACGCGCUGGACCUAGGCUACCGGGGCUUCGACAGCGCACAGAUGUACCACAAUGAACGCGAGGCCGGCCGGGCCAUCACGUCGUGGCUCAAGAACACGACUGCCUGGACGCGCGGGGACAUCUUCUACACCAGCAAGCUCGCGUCCAACAGCGAGGACUACGAUGAAGUGCGCAGGUCCAUUACCAGGAGUGUGGAGGCGUGUGGGUUGGGCUAUAUCGACCUGUUCCUGCUGCAUAGCCCGCAUGGAGGCCCGACUGCUCGGCUCGAGAGUUGGAGGGCGGUCGAGGAUGCCAUUGCUGCGGGCGAGGUCAGGAGUGGUGGUGUGAGUAACUAUGGAGUGAAGCAUAUCCAAGAGCUCAUGUCCGCAAACCCCAAAAUCCUCCCGUCCGUGAAUCAGAUCGAAGUCCACCCCUUCAACACGCAGGCAUCCAUCCGCAAGGUCUGCUUCGACUUCAACAUCGUUGUCGAGGCGUACGCGCCUCUCGCGCGGGGCAUGCGCAUGCAACACCCGGUCGUGGUCCAGCUCGCCAGGAAGUACGGCUGCACAGUGGCACAGCUGUUUGUGCGGUGGUCGCUCCAGCACGGCCUCGUCGCCCUGCCAAAGAGCACAAAGGCGGCACGCAUGGCCGAGAACGCCGAGGUCAACGGCUUCGAGAUCUCGGAAGCCGACAUGGCCACAAUGGAUGCUCUGGACGAGCAUCUUGUGACGGACUGGGAUCCGACCAACGUCCCUUGAAUUCAUGCUCCUGUGGACAGCCGGUCACAGUUCUGCCCGAUCCAAGGUGGCAGGCAUGCAGAGGGAGCCGGGUGAUUACGCGAACCUUUCAAUGGUGGUAGCUUGGCAUAUGCAUAUUAGCCCCAAGCACAGGCUACUCGGCGCGGAGCCAAAUGACAAACUGGUAUCUGGACAAGAUGCUGCUGCCCAAUGCUGAAUUUUCGCAAACCCAAUUCUGUCCCAACCACAUAAUACAUGCAGUAAUGACAGGCGUGCUUCGUCCCUUGCCAUCGGACCAUUCCUGAAGCAUUGGUGAAAUGAAACAACAAUGACCACG